AUGUCUGUUCCCGCCUUCUCCGACAUUGCCAAGCCGGCCAACGACCUCCUCAACAAGGACUUCUACCACCUUUCGGCCACCACCUUCGAGUUCAAGGAUACCGCCCCCAACGGCGUCGCUUUCAAGGUCACUGGCAAGUCUAGCCACGAGAAGGCCACAUCUGCAGCUAUUGAGGGAAAAUACACCGACAAGCCUUCUGGCCUCACCCUGACCCAGACCUGGAACACGGCCAACGCUCUCGACACCAAGCUCGAGGUCAACGACACCCUCGCCAAGGGCCUCAAGCUUGAGGGUCUCUUCAACUUCCUGCCCGCCACCGCCGGCAAGGGCGCCAAGUUCAACCUCUUCUUCAAGCAGCCCGGUUUCCACGGCCGUGCCUUCUUCGACCUGCUCAAGGGCCCCGUUGCCAACGUCGACGCCGUUGUCGGCCACGAGGGCUUCCUCGCCGGUGCCUCUGCUGGCUACGAUGUCAACAAGGCUGCCGUCACUGCCUACAGCGCUGCUGUUGGGUACGCUGCUCCCCAGUACAGCGCUGCCAUCACUGCCACCGACAACCUGAGCGUCUUUGCUGCCUCCUACUACCACAAGGUCAACAGCCAGGUGGAGGCUGGUGCCAAGGCCACCUGGAACUCCAAGACUGGCAACACUGUCGGUCUCGAGGUUGCCAGCAAAUACCGCAUUGACCCCGUCUCUUUUGCCAAGGUCAAGAUCAACGACCGCGGUAUUGCCGCCCUUGCUUACAACGUCCUCCUCCGUGAGGGUGUUACCCUGGGUCUUGGAGGUUCUUUCGACACCCAGAAGCUCGACCAGGCCACCCACAAGCUCGGCGCUAGCUUCACCUUUGAGGGUUAA